CGAGACCCGCCGCUUCCCUUCCUUCCUUCCAAAGUACGAGUAAUCUCACCAUCUCCCUUCUCCUCUACUAAUCCGGCGCGAGCGAGCGAGCGGGCGAUGGAGGAGAGGAGGGAGAGCACCAAGCGGAUGCGCGCCGCCGCCGGCACGCAGAGGAACGAGGAGGACGCGGCGAGCCAGGUGAGCGCCGGAGUGGUAGCGGCGGCGCCGUCAUCCAUGAUCGCAGCAGCAACAGAGACUGACGGCGAGGGUACGAGCAUCGUGGCCGAACCGGAGGCGGUGGGGUCGGCGGAGACGGAGGAGCACAUCCAGCGCAUCCUCCUCGCCAUCGACAGCUUCACCCGCAAGGUGUCGGAGAUGCUGGAGUCCGGGCGCGCCAUGUUCAAGGACCUCGCUGCCGACUUCGAGGACCGCCUCUGCACGAUCCACAGGGAGAGGGUGGAGAGGUGGGAGGAGGAGAUCCGGGAGCUGCGCGCCCGCGACGCCGCCAACGAGCAGACCCGCGCCGUCAUCCACAACGCCCAGCUCCAGCUCUUCCACGUCCGCGACUAGCACUAGCUGCCGAGCUACUUCCCUUCCCUCUCUGUCUCUCAUCUCACCGGCUUCGAUCAGCUGCUCUGUUCCUCGACAUCUUUCAGGCCAAAGACAUCCGACGACCCACCCGUCUCCAUGUAGCAGCAGCAACUCCCUGUUUCUGGUUCAGAUGUAGCAGCAGCAGUAUGUCAUUCUGAACUUAUCGGCACCGCGACUUGACAAAUCCAUGUUUGCCGCACUACCGAAUCUGAUCGCCAAUGCCUGGAAUUUCUGAUUCUGCACAUUAGACCGCCCAAACAAACGUCUGAAGAAUUAGUCCGAUGUUGUUUCUCUGCGAUGCGCUGUUUGUGGAUGCCGGGUUCUAGCUUGGGGCGACGUAGGCCGAGAAGCCAGUGGUCUGAUAUUUGUCAUUAGUCCGAUGUUGUUUUCUAUAACCUGUCUAAUGGGAGCAUGUAUUCAGUGAAACUGGCUGCUUUAGCAGCAUUUGUUAGGUAACACGGCCAAUGAAACGAUUAUCAGUAGCUUCUGAAGAAAUCCUUAAGCUAAACGACUUGGCGUACAUAAGACAUUACUGACACUAAAUAUAUAUAUAUACUGCAUACCCAUCUCCAUAAACAGCACAGGUCUGUUACUGUGACUGCGAGAGUAGAGUAACCAGUCGAGAGAGAAGCUACUUAUCGUUU